AUGGCUCCUCGAAGACAACCCACUCGCCAAACCCAAGCUGCGUCCUCUUCUGCGCAACUGGAUCCUGAACUAGUUGCUAAGCGGACCAAAAGGCACCUUGAUGAACUCGAGCGUUCGAACUACACGGAACCGUCCGAUGCUCUGUUCCACGGCCUCGGGGAAGAUGAAGACGGUGGUGCAGGGGGACGUUCUGCCAAAGGCCGCGCCAGAAGGACCGUCUCAGACAAGCGGCAAUGGGAUGGGAAGAAGAAACCAAAGAAGUCGAGUAUGAAUGUCAGGACGGCCGUGCUGUACAAGAAAAAUCUGGCGGUCCUUCUGGACGAGUCUGGGAUAGCAAAUUACCCUCCAGGUGUCCCAACAUACCUCACUGCCGUCGCUCCGCCACCCCUCCAGCCGCCUCAACUGUUCUGCUCGGUGUGUGGGUUCUGGGGAAAGUACAAGUGUAAGAAGUGCGCAAUGCCGUAUUGCGAUCUGAACUGCCAAGGCAUACACGAUGAGACGAGAUGCGAGAGGAGAGUUGUUUGA